CGGCCCAGGCUCCCGCCGCCCAGGCGCGGCAACCGGCGCGACAGGGCUACGGGCAGCACAGUGCGGCAGUGGCCGACGCAGCCCGGCAGAACCUGUCGCGCUCGGGCAAGGCGCCUUUUGAACUGAGUCUGGACAACGCCACCUUGUUGGAAAAGCGAGGCCGGCGCAACCCGCCAGUUAUCUAGACUUUUUUUUUCCCCCUUCUUGAGUCUACUGCCACGAAUUUCCUUGGAUCACACGGGUAUCGUAUCGGGAAUCAUGAGUGUUCAGAUGACAGUUUGCAUCUCUUUUUUUCUGCUGUUUCUUACCAUUGUUCGUUAUGCAAUCUUGUUUGAUUUCCAUCUGUGGGUAUUAUGUUUGAAUUCGGUUCGGUCGGGACAAAGCAUUUGUUAUGGGUUUUUUUUUUACAUUUCUUUCUCUUUUCUCUUUCUGUUCUUUUUAUCAUGUUCUCUCCCCUGUGUCAUGCGAAAGACCGCUUGUCGCAUGCUUUUUGCUUUUGCUUUUUCUGUUUAUUUCCUCUUGUGGAAUACAUAUAUACCUUGUACAUGGAGAGAGAGAAUAUAUGGCAUGCCAUGACACGGCUGGUCGUUGUCGA